AGAGGGCGGAUUUAAGAGGAGGAGGGGGCUCCUGGGUGACUCAAGCCCGGAGUUUGAUCAAUUCUGUCACUGAUUUCACUGUCCGGUAGAUUCAGGCCACAUCCGCCCGUCUCUGGCUGUUUUUUUUUGCCAAUGGGCCGUCGCUGCUGGUUAUUUUAAUUUAAAAUGUCACCAGCUGGGGUUUGGGCAGGAAACUGGGGCUUUGGGAUCCGAGCCUGGGCGCCACACCUACUGGACCCGGCCAUUGGAUCUGACACCAGCGAUCCACCUGCUAGACUCCAUUAACACCCGGGAUUCGACCCGUGGAAUCCAAUCAUUGAACUGCCUCCAAUGGAAUCUUUCCCAUGGGCUACAGGGUGUGGAAUCUUAAUGAUGGGACACGACCCGUGGAAUCCGACCCAUGAACUCUUAACUCAUGGAGGCAGAAGACGCUGGAAUUAGGAGGAGAGAACCAUCUGCUGGAGGAACUCAGACGGGAGAUGUUGACAAUUUCUUUCCUCCCAGACAGCAGAUUGCUUGUGUCAUCAUCCCAUGAAUUCUGACUCAUGAAGUCCAUUCCCUGGAGUUUCAGUAUUUUGGUAUUUACGUGGAAGGGGAGGUGCUGGUGUUUAUGGCAAUGGAGAUGUGAGAGACUGAAGAUGCUGGAAUCUGGAGCAGCACACAACAUGCUGGAGGAACUCAGGCCACAUCUGAAGGGGAAAAUGGACAGUGACCUUUCAUCUUGUGUGAAGAUAGAGGGAAUAUAGCUUCCCAUCACCAAUCAUCUUUCAUCUCCCACUUCCCUCCCAGCCUCUAUCAUUAUCUCCGCUCCUCCAUCUGCCUAACACCUCUCCUCAUCUUGAUCCACCCAUCAUUUUCUGGCUCCUGCACUACUCUUUCUCUUCAGCUCUUAAUACUGGCUACCACCCCAACUAUUUAAGAAACUUGUAUUUACCUGCUUCUUGAAACCACAUCACACUGGAGUUGAUGAGAAAUGAAUUAUCAAAGAAAAGUUUACAGCAGAUUUGAUGCAAUGUGUCUCUGCCGGGGCAGCUUCCUUGUGCCAAUCUUUAGUCAGGUGGUAAUAGUACUGUGGUUAAAUGCACUGUUUGGCAUGCUUCUAAAUGACACUCAUAAACACUAGAGAUUCUGCAGAUGCUGGAAAUCUUGAGGAACACAGGCAAAAUGCUGGAGGCACUGUACAGGUCAGGCAGCAUCUGCAGAGUGGAAUAACCAGUUGACAUUUCAGUCUGAGUCACGGUAAAGGGUCUCAGCUCAAAACUCCUUCUUGUCGGAAAAACAUGGAGGCACCUAUGAAAACUCCUACAGCCCCCGGCGGCCCUGUGAUUUCAGGCCAACUUGAGAGAAGGUGAACUCACAGAAAGGCCAGACGGGGUACCUGGCUGAGUACUGGGGACCUGUGCUGAUCAACUGGCUGGAGUGUUCACUGAUAUAUUUAACCUUCGCUGCAGUAAUCAAAGAGAGAUUCAAAACCAGUGCCCAAGAGAAACAUGGUAUCCUGCCCAAGUGACUGUUGUCCAGUGGCACUUGGAUCCACUGUAAUGAGGUGCUUUGAGAGGUUAGUGAUGAAACACGUCAGCUCCUGCCUGAGCAGCUGGCAUUUCAUUUUCUCUUCAUUGAUACCUGGAACAUCUGACGCAUACGUCAGGCUGCUCUUCAUUUGCUCCAGCUCAGCAUUCAAUACUAUCAACCCCUCAAAACUAAUCAAUAAGCUUCAAAACCUAGGCGUCAAUACCUCCUUGUGCAACUGGAUCCUCGAUUUCCUCACCUGCAGACCCCAUUCGGAUUGAAUUGGCAACAUUUUCUCCACGAUCACCGUCAGUGCAUGUGUACCGCAUUGGCUUUGUGCUUAGUUCCCAUAAUAUCACUGGCAUACGUCGUGAAAUUUGUUGUUAGGCAGUAGCAAUACAGAAUAACUAAAAGCUAAAUUACAGAAAAUAAAUGUCUUUAAAAAGUUAAAUAAGUAGAGGAAAAAGGGAAAUAAGGUAGUGUUCAAUGUCCAUUCAGAAAUCUGGUGGCAGAGGGGAUAAAGCUGUUCCAGAAUUGUUGAGAAUGUGUCUUUAGGCUCCUGUACCUCCUCACUGAUGGUAGCAAUGAGAAGAGGGUGAUGGAUGUCCUUAACAAUGGACUUCACCUUCUUAAGGCAUCGCUUCUUGAAGAUGCUGUUGAGGCGAGUGCCCACGAUGGAGCUGACGUGGGUGGACCGCUAGCCCUGGCAAUCAACUGGCGUGCUGUGCAUGGAGCCUCAGGGGAUUGUAAAGGCAUUUCGAAAGGUGAAACGAGGCCAGGAGAUCCACUCAACCACAGCAGGGACACCCCAGAAAAAGGCAAAGCCAGAGGAAGUCAAAGAGCAGUGGCUGAGUGGAGUGACAGCAUAUAUCGUCCAGGCGGGGAUCGGAAAGACCCGGGCAGAAAUCUUUCAGAAGCAGAUCAGACAGAACGGUGGCGAGGUCCUCCUGGCCUUCAGCCCAGCAGUGACUCACGUGAUCGUGGAAGAUGGGAUGGACUGUGACCGAGCCCUGCGCCUCCUGAAGCGUGAGGUGCGGCCUCCCGGUGCCCAUGUGUUGCGCUCCGUCUGGCUCAGCUCGUGUAUCUCAGAGCGGAGGCUUCUGAGCCCCUCGGGCUUCAGCAUCUUCACCCCAGAUGACCGUCAGCUGCUGGAACAGCAGGACCGUCCUCAGAGAUCAGGGGAUGAAGACCUGCAAGGGAACAAGUGUACCGAGGUGAACAAGCCGUCUUCACUGUUGCCGGAUGCGAACAACACAAGGCCAAAGGAGCCUCUAGUUGAGCACCAGCAAGGUAUUACCACCAAAGAAAAUGUGGAACCAUUUCAGGACUCUGCAGCCCAGUUCCCCAACGCUGACAGCAGCAGUGAUUCUGAGGAUGAUGGUGUCUCCCAGCUUGAUCUGCGGGCUCUGAUCUCCGGGGACAGGCGUCCAGCUGCCAGCCCCGAACUCCGAGAACAGGGCGUGAGCAAGAAAUGGGUGUGUUCUCAGUCAUCGGAAAGCAAGAAGGUGAACCACAACAAGGCCAUCACGGACAAGCUGAAAGUACUGGAGACUGCAUACACACAUCAGGGUGACAGAUGGAGAGCACUGGGAUAUGGCAAGGCCAUCAACGCUCUGAAGAGUUAUCAUAAACCAAUCUCCUCCUAUGAGGAGGCCUGUCAGAUCCCAGGAAUCGGCAAGCGGAUGGCCGAGAAGAUUUGGGAGAUCCUAGAAACUGGGCACCUGCGCAAGCUGGACUACAUCAAUGACAGCGUCUCUGUGCUGGAGGUUUUUGCCAACAUCUGGGGGGCUGGUGUGAAGACAGCCCAGGUGUGGUACCAGCAGGGCUUCAGAACUUUAGAGGACAUUAAGACGAAAGCCACUCUCACCAGUCACCAGACAAUUGGCCUCAAACACUACCAUGAUUUCCUGGAUCGGAUGCCCCGAGAAGAGGCUGCUGAGAUCGAGAGCACUGUGUGCAACACGGCUCGCUCCAUUAAUCCAGGCCUGAUCGGCUUUGCCUGCGGCUCCUUCCGCCGUGGAAAGCCCACCUGUGGCGACGUGGAUGUCCUCAUCACGCAUCCCGAUGGAAAGUCACACAGAGGCGUCUUCAGCAAACUUCUAGAAGGUCUGAGAGACCAAGGGUUUAUCACAGAUGACCUGGUCUGCCAAGAACAGAACAGGAACCAGGUGAAGUAUCUGGGUGUUUGCCGGCUGCCAGGGUGCGGGCGCCGUUACCGCAGGCUUGACAUCAUCGUGGUACCGUACACGGAGUUUGCCUGUGCCCUGAUGUACUUCACUGGCUCCGCAUACUUCAACCGCUCCAUGCGCGCCUUGGCCAAAACCAAGAACAUGAGCCUGUCCGAGCACUCGCUAAAGAGCCAGGUGCUGAGGGAGGGUAGGACCAAAGUCAGCUACGGCCACACUGUUCCCACGCCCACCGAGGAGGCCAUCUUCCAACAAUUGGGGCUGGUGUACAGGAAGCCACAGGAGAGGGACUGGUGAAGGGUGUUACCACUCUCGGGGGGGUAAGGCAGGCAAUCUGAUCCCAAACAUGGGCACCUACCAGCUUAUAGCCCUACUGCAGCCACCGUCCCCACCCCCCCCCACCCAGCUUCUGUCCUCUUCCACUCCAGUCUUUAAAGCAGGGAUUGAUAGGUUCAUGAUUAGGCAAUAAAGGUUAUAGAGACAAGGCAGAAGAAAAGGGUUGAGGGGGAUAAUAUAUCAGCCAUAGGAGCUUAAUUAUGCUCCCAUGUCUUAUGGAAUUGAGAGCAGGAGGGAUCUAUUUGGAUCCUCAACCCUCCUGCACUAUUCUACCAGUGAGUGACCUACCCAAGUCCUGUUUCUCUGCCUUAUCCCCAUAUCCCUCAACUCCGAUAUCCAGGAAUCUCGUCCUCCGUCAUUGACUGAGCCUCCACUGUCCGCGCAGGCAGAGAAUUUCAGCAAUUCAACACUGCUGCAGUUGAGCGGGAGGAGGCCAUCUCAGCUCCAUUAUUUAUUUUUAUUUAUUCAGUCUUGAUAUGGUGUCCAUAAAAAAACAAAUUUAAGUACUUAGGUGGGUUAAUUUCAGAAAAAAUUAAAGAGAUGGCUGCAUUAGAUUCCCCUUCACGUGAGGGGCAGGACUAUGCUGUUUGUACCCUGACCAGAUGGACUGAGCUACAGUCUAACUUUAAGCAAGUGAUUUGUCUCUGCCUUGUGGACAGAAAUAAACCUUCCCCAUGGAAACACACUGCUGGAAGAACUCAGCAUCAAAGGAGAGGAAUAAACAGUCAACAUUUUGGGCUGAGACCCAUUGAACCCAGAAAGAGCAAGUGUCUGGCCAUCUCGUACUAUCAAGCACUUAUCAAUUCUGAAUUUCACAUCAUCAACCCCCCCCCCCCCCCCCCCCAGCUUCUAACCCACUGGCCUACAUGUCUUUGGGAAGUGUGAGGAAUGUGGAGCAUAUUAUAACAAUGAGCAUAAAACUCCAUGAAGGCAACAACCGAGGUUGAGAUUGAACCUAGGAACCUAGUUGAGGCAGCAACUCUACCCUCCACGCCACAUGGCUUUUGCUGGGCACCUAAUUUGAGGGCUUGCUAGGAUCUUGGUUGCUGCAGUGAUCCACCACCAGAAAGUUUGUAAGUGAACACAGAUCUAAGGUAACUUUGGGCAUGGGAUGACAAUAAACAAAAAUUUAUUUUAAACACAAACUUUUAAAAAGUCAAAAUUAUUGAACUAUGUACUGCAUAAGUUACCAUGUAAAGUUCAAAGUUCAAAAUAAAUUUAUCAUAGUACAUAUAUGUCACCUUAUAAAAUCCUGAGAUUCAUUUUCUAAUGGCAUACUCAAUGACUGUAUCAAUGAAAGACCGUCCACCUAGGGCGUUCAACCAGAGAGCAGAAGACAACAAACUGCAAAUACAAAAAUAUUUAUAAGCAGUAAAUAUUGAGAGCAUGAGAUGAAGAGUCCUUGAAAGUGAGUCCAUUAGUUGUGGGAACAUUUCAAUGAUGGGACAAGUGAAGUUAUCCCCUUUAGUUCAACAGCCUGAUGGUUGAGGGGUAGGGACUAUUCCUGAACCUGGUAAUGAGAAACCAGAGGCUAAUUUACCAAUAAUAAAAUUUUUUCCCAUUGCUCAGUAGAUAUAGGACAAUGCAGCUUUUCUUGCCAUUCCUUUUUAUUUUUUUCUGAUACAUCUAAAUUCUGUACUGUAAAUUCAUGAUCAUCUUAAAAUUUUAUUAUUGGUAAAUUUGUCCUCUAUUUGUGCUAAACAUGCCCUAAUACAAUUUAUGGUUGUACAUAGAGCUCAUAUGUCUAAGGAUAAACUGGCUCGAUUUUAUUCUCAUCUUAAUUCAACCUGCGAUAGAUGUCAUUCUGAUGUUGCUUCAUUGACUCAUAUGUUCUGGUCUUGUCCUUGUUUACAAAAUUAUUGGUAAGAUAUUUUCAGUAUUAUUUCAAGAGUUUUAAAUAUUAAUUUUCAACCGCAUCCUCUUACUGCAAUUUUCGGUUUACCAAUGACGGAUAAUAAUCGUUUAUCCGCUUCAUCUCAAUGAAUGAUUGCAUUUGUUACAUUAAUGGCUAGAAGAUCUAUUUUAUUGAAUUGGAAAGAAAUUAAUCCUCCAACUGUAUUUCAGUGGUUUUCUCAAACUAUUUCUUGUUUGAGUUUAGAAAAAAAUUAGAAGUGUGGUUUUUGAUCCUUCAGUUAAAUUUGAAGAAACUUGGAGACCUUUUAUUCAACAUUUUCACAUGAGUUGAAUUGUCUUUUUCUAAACCUUACUUAUAUUAUCCUUAAUUAAUUGGAUGGAGGUUUGGAGUUAUUGGCACUACUGUAUAUGUACUUAAUAUUAUUCAAUUGCCCAUGUUGGUUAGUGUUUUUUUUUCUUUUUUUGGGGGUUUUCUUUUUUUCUUUUUUUACUUCUUUGUUCAUUAAUGUUCUGAGUUUGAGAGGUUAUAUAUUUUUAUUAUACAUCUGAAUGUCUAUUUAAACUAUUAAUUAUGUACUCUCAAACAUUUUGUAUUCAUGUUUCAUUUAUGUUUGUUUAAAACUAAUAAAAAGAUUUUAAAAAGAAAGAAGGAGACCAGAGGCUCCUGUACCUUCUUUCGCAUGCGUGUCGUGAGAAGAGAGCAUAUCCGGGGGGUGAUCACUGGUGAUGAAUGUUGCUUUCCUGCAAGUGUUUCAUAUAGAUGUGCUCUUUUCCUGUAAUGGACCAGGCAGUUAUUUGUACCAGGUUGUGAUGCAGCCAGUCAAUAUAUUCUCCGCUACAUAUCUAUAGAAGCUUGUCAAAGUUUCAGAUGUCAUGCCAAAUCUCUGCAAACUCCUGACGUAGAGGUUUUCUUUCUAAUUGCACUUAGAUGCUGGGCACAGGACGAGUCCUCCGAAAUCAAGUUGCUGAUCCUCCAACGAGGACUGGCUCAUGGACCCCUCGUUUCCUUCUCCUUAGGUCUAUAAUCAGUUCCUUGGUCUUGCUGGCAUUAAGUUGUUGUGGCACCACUCAGCCAGCUUUUCAAUCUCCCUCCUAUAUGCUGAUUCAUCACCAUCUUUUGAUUCGGUCUACAUCAGUGAUGUCUCAGCAAACUUGAAUAUUGCAUUGGAGCUGUCCUUUGUCAUACAGUCAUAACUCAAGUGACCAUGAGUGUCAUUUUCUUGUAGGCAUUUAAGCAAAAGAAAAAUAGAAUUGAAUUUAUGAAUAACUAUACAUAAUUCCAACAAGUUUUUUGGAUGAACCAGCAAAAAUUUAUUCAAAUUAGAAGAAUUCAAUAAGCAACUAUCCUCAAUCUCCUUUAUUUGCAAACCCCAAUCAGUUCACAUCAGCAAUAUCUCCUCCACAAUCUCUACCAGCACAGGUGUACCACUAGGCUGUAUGCUCAGCCACCUGCUCGCUCGAACUUUGAUUGAGACCCAAGUACAGCUUCAAAGCCCCAUAUUUAAGUUUGCUGACAGCACCACGGUUGGCCAAAAUGAAGGGUGAAGACAGAUCUGUCUCAUUUUUUUUUCCUGUAACUUCUAUUAUUGUGUGCAUGCCUCAAAGAAAAUUAAUCUCAAUGUAGCAUAUGGUAACAAAUACAUACUUUGAUAAGAAAUUUACUUUGACUUUUAGAUCAGUGGUUAACAAAAAGCAAUGUUAAACCAUUCUCCUUUCCCAUCAUAGUUGAACAAUCAGAGGCUGCAGUUACUGGUGGGGAAUAGCAUAAAUGUUUUCAUUUUAUUUGCUCCUUUUAAAUCUGUAAACAUGCAUUGGUAACAUUGUGACUAUGUACCCAUGUUGGUAUAAUAUUGAAAACUUCAGUAUGACCACACUGAACUGAGGCAAUUCUAUUGUGAGCUGGAGGCUCUGCUUCCAGGAGCCAGGGCAGUCAGUGAGUGGUAAGUUUUUGCCCCAGUUUCAUCAUCUCCUGAGACACCAGAGCCAGUAAACUCAGACUUUAAAAAAAAUUCAGAUUUAUUUAAGUUAAAGCUUUUUCAAUGCUGGAUAUGGCAGUUUCAUUUUUACCGGAGUGCACACAAAACUCCCAUGGAAUUGGAAAACCCAGUUGGAAAUCUGGUGCAGUUUGUGGAAAUAAGUGUAAAAUGCCACCCUCACACCAGAAAAGCAGUACCACUGUAACCACAUCCCAACUUCCCUCAACCGGAAACACCUGGGGAGAUGGAAGAAAGCGCAGGGUGAGGAGCAGCUGUACCAAGCGCCGAGCCUAACUGGUGUUUGCCACCGUGUCUAGGCAAGCCUAGCAUGUGUGUAUGUGGCUGGUGGCAGGAAGUGGAUUCAGAGAAGCAUUAUGAAAACAAGAGAUGUUGUGACAGGGCGAAGCAGAUUCAGACAGCAGUACUUCAGCUUGCAAUUCCCUGCAGUCAGUUCUUGGCCAAUUUGAAGCCUUCCAUUCAAUCUGCUUCUCCACCGGACACCUCUGGUGAACUGAGCCCUCUCAUUGUAAGAAUUAAAGGAGGUGCAUGAACUGACAAGGUGGUCUGAGAGAAUGUAAUGUUUAUGCAGGUGGGAAAGGAAGCUUCACUCAAACUUGCACAAUGAUGUUCAUAUACACAAUUCCAGGUCACCCUAAAGCACUCCCCAGCCACAAAGAUGUUUACUUUUGUAUAGGCAAUGUUUAACAGAGGAAACAGCACACAUUUUACACAGAUCAGCACAGAUUAUCUGCAUUUGUAACAUAUAGGGCAUCUAAUCGUAUCACCUGCCCAGAUCUCUGGAUUUUCAAUGACAUUUUUCUCUACAUAAUGGGCAGCAAAGUGUUAAAGACAAGUUAUUCAUGCCUUUAACACCUUAAACUGUAUGGUCUGCAGGGCAAGCAUAGUGAAAGAUGACAAUCAUUCAACAUAGAAACAUGCUCUUCAGCCCAACUCAUCUAGUCUAUCCAAAAUACCCAUCCCAGCUAGUCCCAUUCACCUGUGACUCAUAUCCCUCAACUUUUGUGAUUAAAGUGCCUCUUCAAUGUCAGCAACAGGAACUGCCUCAACCAUUUCCUUACCACCCUGUGUAAAAAUAAUUGACCUUCAAGUUAGUAUUAGGUCUUUCCCCUUUCACCUUAAACCUAUG